AUGCUCUCCUACGAAGUCAUUCGCAACGACACAUAUUCGAACAAGUUGUGGUCCAUCAUCAGCCAGAUGGAACGCGAGAUGUGCAGUUACCUCGAGUGGCAGCUGAACGUCGAGCCCACCGCGCUCAUCGAGUUCCAGGAGAAGGUGAAGAGAGACUUCAAGGGACCAGGUCCGUAUCCCACGCACCGCCUGCACGCCGUUGUUCAUCAGCGGCCGUGCCCCCUCGACGUCUCCACCGAAGCCAACGCCGCGCCCCCCACGGUGACCCUGGCACCUCAAACGGUGGUCACUUACCUCAUGCCGCCAUCAUCCCUGGGAACUCCGUCUACCCCAUGA